AUGUCGGCCCGCGGGCCGCUCGCUAGGUUGGUGGCGCGUCGUCGCUUCGAGUCCGCCGAGCUCGAAGAGCUAUACGCGCGGUAUGCUUGCAAGCUGCAGCGCACCUCCGUCGGCUCAGCGCUGGCGUUGUGGGCAGCGCUCGCCGCCGCACUUGCUGCAGUCGAUGCUACGCAAAAUACUGUGGGUGUACUGAGCGCGCAUGCUCUUUUGUGCGGCGGCCUGGCAUGGUGGUGCGGUCGCACUGGUGGCGUAGCCCCCGAGCGGCGGCUGCCACGCGCGUGCUGGCUUGCGUUGGCCGGCGGUGGCACGGCACUCGCCGCCACUCUACCAGCUUGGUCGCCCAGCGCCGCCGCCGAGGGUGCGGCUCAUGUCGUCUGGGCGGUGUUCGCCGCCUAUGCGCUGCUGCCGGUUGGCGCCCCCGUCGCUGCUGCUUUUGGCAUACUUCUGCCCACCGUUCAUACUAUAGCGGCGGCGCUCGUCGCUCAUCGGUUUCCAUACCACGUUUGGCAACAGCCUUAUUUCGUGAAACAGAAUAGUGACUGCCUGUCGCUCAUAGUCGUGAACAAUGAGUAUCACAGAAUACACAGUCACCCGUGGCAGCCUUGA